AUGGCACCUUCCGCUAAGAGCUCCAAGCGUAGUGCUCCGGCAGCAACAGCCCCAUCCAAGAAGGUCAAGACCAACGGUAAGAAGCAAGCUCCAGUUGAAAGCGAAAGCGAAGUCUCUAGUGAUUCAAGUGAUAUUUCUGAUUCCUCUCAAGAUGAAUUAGAUAGUGAAGAAGAUGAAUUAGAUGAUAUGGAAGUUGACAGAAAAGACGAGGAAUCCGAAGAAGAUGAACUCGAUGACCUUGAUGAAGAAAAGAGUAAUCAAGACGAAGAAGGCUCCGGAGACGAAGACGAAGAAAAGACUGUUAGCAAAGAAGUUGAUCCAAAUAAAAAAUCAUCAGCAGAACAACACGCAGAACAACGUAAGUUACUUGCUGAUCGUAAGUUAAAGAGAAAGUCAGGUAACGAAGUUCAGCAAAUCAAGAGCUUAUGGGAAAAAUUGAGAGUUAAAAAACCAGCUCCUCCAAAAGUUGUUCGUGACAAAUUAAGUAAUGAAAUCUGGGAAUUAGCAAAAGAUGUUAUCCUUGACUUAGUUAUGAAACACGAUGCUUCUCGUGUUGUUCAAACCUUGGUCAAAUUUUCUUCCAGAGAAAAAAGAGAGAUAAUAACUAAAGAAUUAAAGGGUAAUUUCUAUCAAUUGGCAACUUCUUCUUACGGUAAAUACUUAUUGGUUAAAUUAUUGCAUUAUGGUUCGAAAGAAAGUCGUGCUCUUAUUGUCGAUGAACUUCAUGGUAAAUUACGUAAGUUAAUGAGACAUAAAGAAGGUGCAUAUGUUGUUGAAGAUUUAUAUGUUUUAUAUUCUAGUGCUGAACAGAAACACCAAAUGAUUAGAGAAUUUUGGGGUGCAGAAUACGCCGUCUUCAAAGACUCUGGUAAAGGUAAAUCUGUUGUUGAUAUAACCAAAGAAUCUGCUGAAAAGAAACAAUUAAUCACUACUAACUUAUAUGGUACUAUCAGUGCCUCAGUUGAAAAAGGUUCAACUGGUUUCCAAAUUUUGCAUGCAGCCAUGAAAGAAUAUACCGAUAUUUUAAUUGAUGAUAUCGAAGCUAAUGAACCAAAAAUUAGAGAAUUCAUUGAAUUAUUAAAUGAACAAUUUGCUGAAUUGGUUCAUACUCAAGAAGGUUCUGAAGUUGCUUGUACUUUAUUAGCUCUCGCUACUGCUAAAGAACGUAAAGUUAUUAUCAGAUCUUUAAAAAAUCAUAUCAAAGAAUUAGUCAAAAAUGAACAUGGUAAUUUGGUUUUGAUUACCUUAUACAUUACCGUCGAUGAUACUGUUUUAGUACAUAAAUCUUUGAAUGUUGAGGCUUUUGAUGAUGAAUCAAUUCCUUCCAUAAUCAGUGACAAAUUUGCUCGUAGACCUUUAAUAUAUUUAAUGAAGGGACUUGAUGGGAAAUAUUUCAAUCCAAAAGUUAAAAAAGAUUUAGAAAAAUAUGAAAAAUUGGCCUAUGCUAAAACUUCUAAAAAACCAAAAGACCAAAAAAGAGAAGAAUUAUUAUCCAAAGCAUUACCAUUAAUUUAUAAAAGUAUAUUAGCAACUACAAAUACUGAAGACAUUGAUAAUAGAUUUGACAAACUUAUUUCCGUUAACAUUGCUUCUCAAUUCAUAACCGAAUUAAUUUUAACUCCUACUGAUGAUGAUAGUAUAAACGAAAUGAAAAAACAAUUAUUGGAUUCUAUUUUUGAUGUUUGUAUCAAAGGUGAUGUUUUGGAAGAUUACCAUAUCAUCAAUAAGACUCCUUUCGUUGCAAGAGCAUUAAAAUCAUUGAUUCAAGGUGAUCAAUUCAAAUGGGAUUUCGAAUCCAAAAAACUUAAAGUUACUAACAAGAAUAAUAUUCCCGGUGUCGGUGUCGAAUUUGCUUCUAAAAUUGCAAAUGAAAUAAUGGAAAACAAUAAGUUAGCUGAUUGGGUUAGCGGUUCAGGCUCUUUCGUUAUUGUAGCCGUUUUCGAAGUUUUACAAAUUAGUAAAUCCCCUGAAUUCAAAAAACUUGAAAAAGAGUUGAAAAAGAACAAGAAAACAUUGCAAGCUGAUACUGACAAUAAGGGGGCUCAACUUUUAUUAAAAAUCUUGGGUUAA